GGUAGCGCUGCUAUUAUAGUUCUUAAUUACCACUGUGCUUAUUACUCAUCUAUGCCUUUUUAGCCUCGAGCCACAUUUCUUAUUGUACUUGGCUGCAAGUUUUUGUAGAUCCUCUGUCUUUUGUUGUUAUUCUACAACUCUUUUUUUUUCUCACUCUGCUUUACUGCUGUAGCAAUAAAUAAAGCAAAAAAAAAAGGACAAAUUUAUAUGCUCUGUGCUCCAUUCUCUCCUUAUAUUUAUUAUACCAGUUUUUGAGAAUCCCAAAUUGAAUUAUUAAUUAUAAUUUUUUUUUAAUCAAAAUUUGCUACUGCGCUCUUGUGUUUGUUGUUUACCAAAAAAAAAUCACAUUAUGUUACUUCAGCUUGUUCUUGUUGGGGUAUAUAUUGUUAUGUACAAAGGUGUAGCAGAUGCUUCUAUAUCUCCAAUGGAGAAACAUGAAAAAGAGGCAUUGUACUCUGCUAUUCAAGGUUUUGUUGGAAAUGAGUGGAAUGGUUCAUUUCUUUAUCCCGAUCCUUGUGGCUGGACAACAAUUCAGGGAGUAUCAUGUGAUUUCUCCAAUGGCUUGUGGCACGUAACAGAUUUAACUAUUGGAGACCUAUAUGACAAUUCCCUUCGUUGCUCCCAAGCUGCAAAGUUCACAGAACACUUGUUUAAACUCAAGCAUCUAAAGAGACUUUUCUUCUCAAAUUGCUUCCUCUCAGAUCAGCACAAAUCAAUUCCCAUAUCAAAUUGGGAUAGUCUCGCGAACAGCCUUGAAUCGUUGGAGUUCCGAUCAAAUCCUGGUCUUAUCGGGACAAUUCCCACAAGUUUUGGCUACCUUAAGAAUCUUCAAUCUUUAGUACUACUGGAAAAUGAACUGAAAGGAGAAAUACCAGAAGCUUUGGGCAAUUUAACUAAGCUAAAGCGCCUCGUUUUGGCAGGCAACAAUUUUAUUGGUCCUAUUCCGACUAGUCUAGGAAGAUUGACAAAUCUUUUGAUACUUGACACAAGCAGGAAUUUUCUAUCUGGUGCAUUACCUGUGACUAUUGGUGAUUUAUCUUCGCUCAUAAAGCUCGACUUGAGCAACAAUCGAUUACAUGGAAAAUUGCCUCGAGAAAUUGGAGGACUAAAGAGUCUGACACUACUUGAUCUCAGCCACAAUAAUUUCUCUGAUGGUUUGCCACAGACAAUUCAAGAAAUGGAUUCCUUACAACAACUCGUGUUAUCUGACAAUCCGAUAGGCGAUUAUGUUACAAGAAUUCAAUGGAGGAAUAUGAAAAACUUGGAAAUGUUGGAUCUUUCAAACAUGGGAUUGAAAGGGAACAUACCAAAUUCCAUGACAGAAAUGAAGAAACUGAGAUUCCUCAGCCUCAGUAAUAACGUUCUUUCAGGAACUAUUCCAUCAAAAUUCGAGAAAAUAUCAACGAUUAAUGCUCUAUACUUGGAUGGAAAUGAUUUCACAGGGAAGCUUGAAUUUUCACAAAGGUUUUAUACAAAACUAAGGAGUCGUUUUCGAGCUUCAGGUAAUGUGAAACUCUGUUUGUCCCUCGAGUUAACGUCAACAAGUCAUGUUCCAGAAGGAGUAAAACAAUGUGAACAAGAUAACACAGUAGAUAGUAAAGAUUCAGAUUCCAAUUUAAAAUACGAUCAAAAUUCCCAGCAUAUUAUAGUUUCUUUGGGGCAUUCAGGACAUGUCGUUAGUCGUUUUACAUUUUGUUAUGUUGCAAGAAUAAUACUUAUGUCUCUUCCAUGGGUCGUAUUUUUAUAAAUAAAUUUCAUGUCUCAUUUAACGAGAUCGAAUUUGU